CCCGCCCCUCAAAGCUGCCCCGCGGGGCAAUGAGGCACAAGAAACUUCUCCUCUGCCCGCCCAGCCGUCAGUCCCAGAGAAGGUCAGGUCCGCCCGAGAUUCUUGUGAGAAGCGGAGCGGAACGGGCUGUGCCGUGCACAGUGAAAAAAGGGAGGUUGGAUAAAACAACUGACACAUCCAAAACAUACAUUGUUUUAAAAGUCCAAAAUUUAAAAAGCACUACAGUAGAUAGAAGAGGAAGGGAGCCUUGCUGGGAACAAGACUUCAUGUUUGAAAUCAGUGCUGAUGGAAAGGGCUUCAUUGUAGAACUGUGGAAGAAAGGCUUGCUCUGGGAUAGCAUUUUAGGAGUUUUAUGGAUUCCCCUUGCCACUGUGGAAUAUGCAACAGAUGAAGGACCAGGUUCCUGGUGGAGAUUGCAUUCUGAAGUAAUAAAAAAUGGAAGUGAGAUUCAAGGCACAAAAACACCAACUUCUCAUGAGAUCUUAUUAGAUAUCUACUUUGUAUUACCAUUUGAUACCCACACAGAUCUAGAUUGCAGAGGUUGGCACAGAGAGACAUCCCUCCAAUGUACAAGACAUUCACAUCAAGAUACAAAUGACAGCCAGUCAUCCAUGGAAAAUGGGCUCUGCAUACAAGAAAGCAAACUCAGGGGAAAUACAGACCAAAGUAAUGGAGGUAAUUUUGCAAAAGCAAGAUGGGCCAGGGCUAUUCAGAAGACACUUCAAGAAGCCAUGUGUAACAGAAUGAGAUUUCGCAAGAUAUACGAAACGUCUUCAGGAUUUUGUUUUGAACAAGCAGAUGUGUGAUUUUUCAUUUUUCUGUCACAUUAUUCCAGAGCAUCAGUAGUUUUUAUGGCUAUAGUCUCCAUUGAAACAUUUGCCAAUGAUCCUUUUGGAGAUACAGAUACUUCUCUGGAUCAAAAAUUGUGUUUUAUGGGAACAGUUUAAAAUAAAUUACACUCCA